GGAUGCCUGGAACUAACAGAAAUUAAAGUGUUUAGAUUUCCAAAAAAGCAACCACUAAUGGAUGCAUGAAACACUCCAUUAAGCAAGAUGGCUGGAUACGUGCAGUACUAACAACUGUAGCACAAAUCUUAUCUCUGAAUCCAAUGAAACCACAACUCAAGUUCCAGGGGGCGGCAUUGGACAAGAUACCAUGAAUGCUCAGUUCAGUGAUUGAAAACUUUCUAAUUGCAACAUGACACCAGCUAGAAUGAACAUACAGAAGGCGACAACACUUCUUUUUCUGUUCUGAGGGGGUGGGGAGUGAGUGGGCCAUGUGAAAGGUGCAAUAGAACCACUGUUAGAGCGGUUAUGCUGCAACAGAAUUGACAGAGACCCACAGACACAUAGAACAUGGAAAUCAGGAAUGAACAGGAUUUUCUUUCUCUUGGAUGCAUGGAGUAAACGGAAGUUGUUGGCUGUGAGCACAUAAAGGGGGAGUGCUCCCAGAUUCCGCAAAAGAUACAGAUCAGAAGAGAGAUUGGGUGUGGAAAUCUCCUGAAGGUUAGAGGACACAUAAUAUAAGAAGAGGAAACUACUGAAGUUGCAUAUGCAAUUUUUAUACCUGGAUUAAAUGCAAAAACAAAACUAAAAAAGACUAUGUUCAAAAUACAUAGCCUGAAAAGUUAUCCUAUGUAGUGGGACUGAGCUGAAAAGCUAUGCAACCAACCACAUGAAACAGAACAACCUAUUUCAAGCAGUUAAUUGGAAAAGCCAUUUACACACCAUUUUAAUUAUCAUUUGAUAAGCUUUUUGAUUGUAAAUGCAAUAAUUAAUUGUGUGCACGUUUCAUUUUUGACAUCUACAUCAGGACUUUUUUCAACACUGACAUACUGCAGCUUUCACGGGUUCCCUUCUGAAAUUUUUUGUAGGACUCUGACAUUUGGACUCUCACAAUAACCCAUCUUGAUUACCUUGAAUUCACUAGUCUGGUUAAGGUCACAAUACAAAUGUUUCUUAAUGCUUUCCUCGUGGUCAUUACUGACCUGGCAGCUGGACUACUUGGCAAUGCUUCAUUUCGACGCCAUUUUCAUUUGUUGCUGUCAGCAAUGCUUUUGUCUGGGCCCCUCCUGAGUCUAUGGGUUUCCCAAUAUAGUGUCUUCGCAAAGAGGAGUCACUUUCUUUACAGGGUUUUCCUGCGCUCAGGCUGGGGCUGGACCUGUAUCUUUGCUGGCUCUUUUGUCUUCGUCCUCUCUUUCUCAGUACGUCGCUCACUCACACUUUCACUACGACACCUUUCUCGGCUAGCUGUGGCAGGUGGACUGUGGCUGGGCUUCCGCAAACUGCUCUGCCUGUUGGAGAAUGCCACUGGGAGCUGUUACGAGCCUCUUAGCCCCACUCUUGAGCUGGCUUCAAGGACUAAUGGAGAUGGCCAACCUUUAUUGCUUUUACGGGAAGGUGAAACAAAGGAGGCCUGUGUCCGCUCUGGUAUGAUGUGGCAUGGCUAUGAAGUGUCUGAAGAUGCCCUCCUACUGUGUUUGUGCUGCCUGCUUCUAGCUGAGGAGACUGCUGUGUUUGGGCCCUACCUGAACCUCGGUGGACCCUCUGGAGCCCCGCUGCGCAUCCUCUUCCUGUUCUGUGUCCUGCUGUUGAGUCUCUGGGUGUUCCUGCUACUCUGCCUGCUGGCUUACUUCCCACAGUUUCUUACCCAGCUUCUGGGAGGUGCUCUUGGUUGUUUGAGCUGGAGAGCUUUGUACCAGGGCUGGUACCGACUUGGACCUAGUUGGUACUGCCCUGGGAGGCCAGGGAUGGGACUUCUGUCUACACGGAGCAAACAGGAUGAGACAUCUGAAACACAUGGUGAAACUAAUGCUAAAGUGAUCAACUAGAGAAGGCUGCUGAACUCAUUGUGAAAUAAAGUUUAACUGAACAAAACCACAUUUAUAAAUUUGGACUUAAUGUAGUGCUGCAGUACACAAUUGAAAUCUGGCAACAACAACAAAAAGCCAAAAAGAAUGUAUACUUAAUCAAUUACAUAUCAAAUUGCAUGGUCUUCAAUUACAUUCAUACAUACAUGCCCUGGGACCGAAAUUGUGUACUGUCAGAGGAUGUACUGCAUUUGAUGAUAGACACACUUCUCGGUGGGUAAAAAAGUACGUUCUUUAGUAUAGUUUGAAUCCCUAAUGACAUACUUCAUCUGGAUACAUGGGAAUUGUCUUGUGACUCAAAAAUAUGAUGCUGUUACAACUGAGAAAAUAAUCUACACAGGUUUUGUUAAACAAGCCAAAUUUAACCACAAGGAACACCUUUCUUGGUAGAAUUGGCACUUCCAAUGUUUUUUUUUUUAUACAGUAUUUUGAAUAUGACGUUUCCUCAGCUCCCAAAGUAUUACAGGAUCAUAAAGUGUCCAGUUGAUGCACUUCAGAAUCUCACCGGAAAUAGUAGGUCAUCCGGGUACUUCUCACCUACUCUUUAAUACUGAGGGUUCAGACACCCAAAUCCAUCUGUAUAAUAUAUAGUAGGGAAACAUGCAUAUUCGGACGCAGCUAUGCUCACAAAAUGCACAAUCGUACACCAUUUGUGCUUAAUAAUCUGACAAUGUGUAAUGUCAUGUAAACUUAAUAAACAGUUUAAAUAUAAACUGAAUGGCACACAAAUUUUCAGCCAUUACACCAAUUUCGCUCCUAAUGUUCACGCCUUCACUGCCAUUUAUACUUAUACAACGUGCGCAAGUGUUGAGCAUGUGAAUGAUGUAAAAAUGAAAACAAAGCAGAGAAUUUUACAUUCAUAACACUUAUUUCAAAUGUCAUGUUAACAAUUUCCUUGCA